GACAAAGUAUUGCAAAUCGUAUUGUGGUUAAUUUAAUGUUGUUGUAUAAUUAUCGCGUCAAUUCAGGUUCCAUGUCCUAGAUUAUUUUCAAAAAGAAAUGGCUGUAAAGACUGAACCUUUUCUUCUGGAACGAACUGUGUAUGUCGGCAUAGCUUUAAUUGUCCCAAGUUAUUCGAUUUAUAAACUUUUCAUCUCUUCGAAAAGUCCAGGUGAAAUAUGUUUUCAAAUUAUAAUAACAAAUUCAGUGAAUCUAAAUUUAUUACGACUGAAAAAUGUUAGUUUAACUCAAAAUUUGGUGCUAAUGCAAGAUGCAGCUGAAUUACAGUGGACGUUGCUUCCGUUGUGGAUGAGUUUUGUACCUUAUCUUUUACUCUAUUCGAUCGUAUCAUCAUUCGUUUUUGCGUUGGUGAACAAAAAAAUAUUCAAAUGUUGUCGAAUAAUAUUAUCAAUUUGGCUAAUAAAUUAUUUGGUGGGUUAUAAAAUCCUAAUGGACGUCUUUUUGAACAUAUUGUGCUUUUCAUGCAUAAGUUAUUUGGUUCUGGAAAUUGGCUCUUGAUAUGGGCGUUUGCAGUUUUAGUGUUUCAAGCAUCUGAAUUCUUUGAAUCAUCGUUUAACUUUGGAUUGAUAUCAUACGACUGGUAUAUGAUCUUGUAUGCGGCGCAUUUUUAUAUAGUUCUACGCAGUUUAAGUGUGGCGUUAUCGUUCCAUAAAUGUUCGAACAAUUUUAAGUCAUCUUUUGUCAAAAAGACAGAAAAAGAGGAAUCAACCAUUAACUGUGCCCCUAAAUCCUCACUAGAAAGUUUAUUGGAUGUAUUAGACUAUUCUUUAUACCCUCAUUCAUUGCUGUUAGGUCCACUCGUCUUGUAUUCAAAUUGGGUUAAUUUCUGGGAAAAUCUUGAUAGUUUACAUUCCAAUAAUCUAUCACCCAGUUUUAGAACAUUACUCGACACAUUGAUAUCACUUGUUUCCAAAGCUAUCCGGUUGAUAUUCUGGAGCUCAUUUUGGUCAUUAUGUCUUUGUAUAGUUUAUCCGAAUUCAUUCGGUUAUUUGAUUUCUUAUGCACAAAUUAGUGAAUUAUCUAUACAAAAUAAAUCAAAUCAGUAUUAUCUUAUUAUUGAUCGUGGUACAGUGGGUGCGAGUAUUUAUUUACGUAGUUUACAUUUAUUCAUUAUAUAUUUACAAUUUUAUGGAUGGCCAUACGUACUUUCAAAUUUCGAAUGCCUACUCAUAAAUUUGUUACAGAAAUUAUUGAAUAUUCUUCAAUCAUGUGGGCGAAACACCAAAGCUACUACUACUAUCACUGAUCAAACAAGAAAAUCUCAUAGUGACCCAAGCCUAAUUCAGGUUUCGUUUAUGCCUGAACCACCAGCAUGUCUCUUACAUUUCCUUCUGAUUUCUGAAUGUUGGCGAUCAUUCGAUCGCGGAUUGUACAAUUUCAUCAAAUCUUAUAUUUUUAUACCUGUUAUGAAGUUCAAUUUAUCGUCAAAUUAUAAACAUUCAUUACUAUUAAUUCCCUUUCCUAUCAUUAAAAAUUGGUUAGCGCUUACUUUAUCCUAUUCAUUUGUUCUUUUAUAUCAUGGAAUUGAUAAAACAAAUGGUAAAUGUCUUAUUUUUUUUAAAUUUCAUUCACUUUUUAAUGCUUGGAUCAAGUUGUCACAAUUCAGAGCUGACAAUGAUCUAUAUUGAGAACCACUGAAAUUAAAGUUGUUGUCUUGUUAAGACAAUUUCCAUAGAAAGCUUGUAUUUAGUAGAACAUAAAAAUUAUUUAAGUUAGCUAUGUAAACUAUUGGAUGUCAGUUUAGUGGUAUAAAAGUUAAGCGUUCACUGCGAGAGAUGAAGGUUCUGAACUCGACUGAAUAUGAGGUCGGCGAUAUGAACUAUUGAGGAGUCUCAUACAAGGACAAAAUAGCUGUUCACUGCUUCCUAUUGUUCAACGUAAUGUAAACUAUCAAAAAAAUAUAGAAUCAACAAUUAAUUUUCAUUCUGUGUAACAAUUGUAUUGUUAAAUAUUUUUAUUUGGUCCCAAUUAUUGACACAAGAACGAUAGAUAAAUGAACUUAGAUGAUGUAACGUUACACUGAGAUAAAACCUUUAUGGUAAUUUCAACGUAGAGAAACACUAACUUGUUACCAUGUGUGUAAUAGUAUACGUUCAUUGCCUAAUUGAAUUUUCUUAUCCAAGUUCAAAUAAGCUAAACAGUUGGGUAAAUCAAUGACCUUAUUUUCUAGACAGCUUCAAUAGUUAAUUUAAAAAAAUCGGGUUUCAAGUACUUGUCUGUACAGAGUGAAGAUAUAAAUACACAUAGAUUUUCCUGAACUGUGCGCAAUAAUUACUUCAUUCCUAUGAAUCUAUGCAGUACUUACACUGAAGUGACCUCAUUUACGCGAAAUAAGAUAUUUGAUGCUUCAAGAACGAAUUCAUUUGAACAGACUACAGUCCAUUUUGCUUAGGAAUUUCAGUAAGAGAUUCUAGUUAUCGUAGAAUUAAACCAACCAACCAAUCUCUAUUUACUAACGAUGUGUUUACCAGUAAUCACCAUUGAUUUGUGUCAUAUUAUAGUUUGAAAACUUGGAACGAAUGUCCUCUAUCGUUCACAACUGACAUAAAAUUUUAAAGAUGUAUAGCCGCUGGUUUACGUAGAGCUAAUAUUGAUGCUUUUAGAAACCAAAAG